UUAAUUGUGAAUAGUCUCUGUGCGGAUAAAAUAGCAGCAAGGCGGCUGCUUGUUUCUCCAAAACGUUUUAUUUAUAAAUAAAUAAAUAGUAAAUUACUAGUAUUUUUACAACAAAAUAUGUCAUCACAUGCCGCUACCAAGAUUGAUCAGAAAGAAUAUUUGAAGAAAUAUUUAUCCGGCGAUAAAGUGAAAAAGAAAAAGAAGGACAAGAAGCAUAAGAAAGAAUUUGGCGCCGCCAAAGUGAAAAUCAUUGAUGACGAUGUCUCAUAUAGCCAAACACAGGAGGAAUUUGAUGAAGAACUGAUUUUAGGUGGCGAAGAUGCGCCACAAAUUGUGGGUGAAUAUAUAGAAGAGGUCAGCAGCACUUCUAAUGCACCAAAGUGGCGUAGUAUAGUUGUGAAAGAUGAGCCAGAGGAAGAAAACGCAUUUAAUAUUAAUAGUAAACCUCAAGAAGAUUUAUGGGGUCCAAAACAAAUUAAACGUAAAAUUAAAGACGAAUUUUCACCGCCACGUCGAAAUGCAAAUAAGGAUUCGCAACGAAGUACACCGGACAAUUCACAGCAAAGGCAAAAAGAUAAUCAUAAAGUGACGCGUAAGCCCGCAAGCAGUAAUUUUUCACAGUAUGAAAAUAAGUCUAGGAAAAAUGAGCAUUCACCCCACCGGCUUGCACAGAAAGAAAAAAGAUAUUCAUCGGAUCAAAGUCCGCCAAGGAAAAGUGAAUACAAAUCAAAACAAAUCCAUAAAAGCAGAAGUGAACGCACUCCCGAUAAUAGUCCACCUAGGAGAAGUAAUCGAACUGAUGAUCAAAGUCCUCCACGCAGACGUAUGUGUACGCCUGAUAAUAGUCCUCCUAGAAGAUGUAAGUACACUCCUGAUAGUAGUCCUCGAAGAAGGCGAAAAAGUACACCAGAUAAUAGUCCACCGAGAAGAGAUAAACGCAGUAAAGAUAGAUAUAAUGGCCGUCAACAUUCAGAUCAAAGCCCCAGAAGAAAAAAUAACUACCCAGCUGAACAACGUUCGAAUAAGGCAAGAAGUCGAUCGCCACAAAAAGCCUCCUCCAGAGGAAUGUAUCGUUCACCAGAAAUAAAUCGAUCUAGUCGAAAGCAUAACACAAGAUCUUCUAGUUCUGACCAAAGCCCUCCAAGAAAAGAAAAGCACAAGUCCAUAAGAAAUCGAAGAAGUAAUAGUAACAGUAUCGAUCUGAGUCCACAGCGUCGUAAGAAACGAAACUCGUCAUCUGAUCAGUCCCCACCAAGGCGUAAACAUGUAGAAAGAGGUAGGAAGCGAAGCAAUUCACCUGCUAAGAUAAAUGGUAGAAAUUCAAGUGAUCAAUCACCUCCAAGGCGUAACGAUGGUAAACGUCAAAAAAGCUAUUCACCAGUUCGAAUAAAACGUGAAAAAGUUUCGCCAAAACUAUCACCAUCAAGAAUACGACAGGUCGCUGUGAAAAAGGAGCGCUCUCCUUCACCACCACCAACACAUAGUCGUUGGUCUAAGGUGGAACGAAGAGAUAGUGAUUCUCCACCGCCCACACAUAAGCCAAAAGCAACUAAAACACUCGACGGUAAAAAAGCUGGUCUGCAAGAUGCAAAAGCACUAGUACAUGAAACUGAAGAACGACGACGUAGAGAGGAACGCAUGUAUAAUGAGAUGUCUAAAGAAGUGUCUGGACGGGAUGCUGAGGUGCGAGUACGCAAUACCGGGCGAAAAGGUCAACGUGCGCGUGAAGCUGAAGCAGAAGAUCCUGAGGUGCGAAGAAAAAAAGAAGAACACGAGCGCAAGAAGAAGGAGAAAUAUGAUCGUUGGGGCAAAGGUUUGAAGCAGGUUGAAGAUUAUCGACAACGCACUGAAGCCGAGAGUUACGAAGGCAGUAAACCAUUAGCGCGCUAUGAAAACGACAAAGAUUUGGAUAAUUAUCUACGAGACCAAGAGCGCGCAGAAGAUCCAAUGUUGGAUUAUAUGCGAAAAAAGAAAAAGGAACGCCAAAAAGAGGAGGGAGGUUUGGCAGAAGUACCUAAAUAUGAAGGUUCCUAUCCAGAAAAUCGUUUCGGUAUACGCCCCGGUUAUAGAUGGGAUGGUGUCGACAGAUCGAAUGGUUUUGAAAAGAAAUGGUUUGAUGUACAAAACGAGAAACGUGCGCUACAGGAAGAGGCAUACCUUUACAGUGUGGAGGACAUGUGAAAUGUGACGUUUGCUGUCCUACAUAAUUGUGGAAUCAAGGCCGAGGAUUCAGUGUAAUGGACAUUCCAUGUUACUGUUUUGAAUUCCUACUUCUUAAGUUAUAAAAAUGAAACUUUUAUUUAAAAAGAAAAAAAUGUGAUUUUUUAUAAGUUAUUCAAGAAUA